AAAAAUGGUUUCGAUAUUGUUAAUCAUAAGUGAUUUUUUUAUUAUUCGCUAUAGAUAAGAAGACUCUUUAUUAAUGUGAUAUUAAUUAACAAAUGAAAAUUCAAAAAAAGUCUCUAUAUUUGGCAAUUGUAUUAUUUUUUCUAUUGCAUUAAUAAUAAUCUCUGUUGUGUGCGUGUAGGAAAAUUAUGUCAACUAGUGACGUGUUAAUAACAUCUUGACAUCGGAAAAAAUACAAAUAAAACUUCGCGAUGUGGAGUACAUCAGAGGAACCACCAGGACCAAUGGAGGGUGGUCCACCACCAUCACAAUCAUCUGAGGAUGAACCUGGUGUUAAUCUCAAGGAAUCUUGUGAACAAAGUAAAAGUCAAUUAGAAUCACUCAAGGAUAUUAUGCUUCGCAAUAAGCAGAGUCUUCGGAAAAAGGAGGAGGAAAUUCAGGAGUACGCAAGGAAAUUAACGAAAUUCAAAACAAGAGCAAAAUUAUCGAAAAGAAAAAAUAAAGAUGAAAAUACAUCGGGUGAAUCGACGCCAAAAUCAAUUAUUUCAGAUGUAUCGUCGUCAUUAUUUUCGGAGACAAUCGAUGAUGAUGAUGUGGACGAUAUUAGUCAGGCAAAAACACCAAAAGCAAAAUCAUCAUUAUUACAAAGAAAAUUGGCGGAGGAUAAAAAAAUAUUUGAACAACGAAGAAGUGAAAUUACUGAAAGUAAACGUGCCGUUGAGGAAAAAGUUGAAGCAAUUCGACAACAACUCGAUGAACGAGAACAACAAUUGCCAAUAACACCCGUCGUUUUAUCACAGGGUGCAGCGCCAUUAAUUCAAAUGAGCUUCCAACAAGAUAAGGAUAAUAAAAUUGCCGAGCUUAGCAAUCGAAUUGUUGAAUUAGAGGCAAUUAAUAUUGAUCUACGUGAAAAUUUAAGGGAAAAAGAUUCGGUUAUUGAUUCAAAAACAAAAGCAGUGACAUUAAUGUCUGCGGAUCUUUCACUAAAGGGAAAAACAACAUUGGAUACACUUGAGGAUACAAAAGACGAGAUGCGAACAAUGCAAGAACAUUUUAUACUAUUAGAGACAUCAUUGAGAAGUAAAAAUGACAAUCUUCUCGAACAAUUGCAAGAGAAAACUGAUAAAACAAUAGAAUUAGAAGAAACGCUCAAUCGAUUACAGGACCAAUUGAAUAAUCAAAAAAUUGCCGAAUUGGCAACUAAUGAUUUUUCACGAUCAACAAUGGAUACAUUGGCCGACACUAAGGAUGCAAUGAAAUCAAUGCAAGAAAAUUUUAUUCUCGUUGAAACAUCAUUAAAAACAAAAAUUGAACAUCUUUUACAACAAUUGGAGGAACGUGAAAUUAAAUUGGCGGAAUCAAAGGAAAUAAUAUUUAAAUUGGAAUCAAAUCUUGGUGUAACAUUGCAAUCAACUGAAAUUGAUGAUUUAAAAUAUAAAUUUGAGAAAAUCAAUGAAAAUAAUCGACAAUUGCAAGAUGAGAAAUUUCAAUUACAAAAAGAUAAUGUUGAAUUGCAAAAUAAAAUUAUUCAAUUACAAUCGACAAAUGGAACUAAUGGUAUUAUUGUUGAGAAAGAUAAUAGAAUUGCUGAACUUGAAAGUUUAAUUGAGGAAUUAAAGAAAUCUAAUCAAUUAUUGGAAGAGGAAUCAAAAGUUGAAUUAGAAAAACAAGUGAAUGAAUUAUUAUUGAAAAAUGAUGAGAUAUCAAAUAAAGUUAUUGAUUUAGAAAAAAUUGUCACAGAUUUGGAGAGUGAAAAAAAUGAACUUAUUAUGAAAAUUCCAACCGAGAGUAAAAAGGCUGAUGAAAAAUUAUUGAAAUUAACAAAAGAAAAUGAAGAAAUUAAUAAGGGAUUAAUUAAAAUGAAAGCGCAACACAAGAGUAAGGUGAAAAAUCUUCAACGUCAAUUAGAGAGCUUCCGAAAGGUAUCAGACGUAAACGCAGAAUUGGUGAGACUUGGAAACCAGGUGGCAGUUCUUGAGGAGGAGAAAGGUAACCUUCAGCUGAGUCUGGUAGACUUUGACGAGCUUAAAGCAUCCGCAGGAGAUUGGAAAGAACAAAUUUCUGACCUCGAAGGUAAGGUCAAUGCUCAAACGAAAGAAAUUCAAGGUCACAUCGAUGCGAUUGCUGCUUUAGAAAAUCAGAAGCUAGAUCUUAUGCAAGAACUUCAUUCAGUUAAACAAGAGAUAUCGGCAUUGGAGGAAGAAAAUGCAGAAUCAGAAAAUUUACGUGUAACAGCUGAAAUGAAAGUUGUCGAUUUAGAGGAACAACUCGAGGUAAAUAAUAAAAUACAACAACAAAAAGAGGGGAAACAAUUGUGUGAAUUACAACAAAAAAUUCAGGUACUAACUAAAGAAAAUGAAGAAUUACAACAAAAAUUAACAACAAAAGGAACAUCUGAUUCUUCAGGUUCAACUGAAUCAUUUGAAACAUUACAAGAAACUGAUCGUAGUGAAUUAUUGAAAAAAAUUGAUGAGAUAUCACAAAGAAAUACGGAAUUAUUAAAAAAAUUAUCAACACUCGAAGAGGAGAAAAUGGAAAUUAAUAUUGAAUCAACUGAAUUAUUUGAGACAAUAAAUGUUAAUGAUAAAACAGAAUUAGUCAAAAGAAUUGAUGCAUUGACACGUGAGAAUAAUGAAUUGAUUAUGAAAUUAAGUAAAAUUGAAGAAAAAGGAUCAUCCGAUACUGGUUCAACGGAAUCGUUUGAAAAAAUUCCCGAACAUAGUGAUAGUGGAAUUAAAAUGGAAAUGUUGAUACGUGAGAAUAAUAAUCUUAUUAUAAAAUUAACGAAAUUAGAAGAAAAAUUGGAAAAUACAAAUGAUAAUGUACGUAUUGAAAAAUUAGAAAAAGAACGCAAUGAACUUUUGGGAGAAAUUGAAAAUCUAAAAGAAAGUGAAAAAUUGGAGAAAUUUAAAGAAUCACAAAUUGUCACAAUUGAAACAUUGGAGAAUGAAAUAGAAUCAUGUAGAAAAUUAAUUGAGGAGCAAAAAGAAAUGAUGGAUGAAAUGAAAGAGAAAUUGGUUAAUAAAGAAGAGGAAUUGGAGAGAAAAAUUGUUGAAAUUGAAAAAUACGAAGCAAAAGGUCAAGAUACUGAAAUAUUGCGUAAAGAACUUGAAGAUUCAAUAAAAGUUAUCGAUGAAUGGAAAUGUAGAUGCGAGGAUAUGGAAAUAAAGAUGAACGAUUUGGAAAAUGGUAAAAUAUUGAUUGAACAGGGUCUUGAGGAUCUUCAACAGGAAAAUAGACGUUUACAUCAAGAAGCCGAGCAAAAGGAAGAGGUAUUAAAAUCCCUAAAGGAGGAAUUAAAUACAACGAUUGGUAUUUUUGAGGCAAAAUUACAAGAAGAGGGUAAAAUACUCGAGGAGAAGGAUAAGGAGAUUGCACAAUUGAAGGAGAAGAUUAAAAAUAAAGAGAAAGAUCUCACUGAUAAGUACGCACAGCUACAGAAUGAAAUGAUCACCAUUGAUUCCCUACAAGAUGAACUCGAGCAAAGAAAAUCCGAUCUUCAACAAAAGGAUUCUAUAAUUGUUUCCCUAACCGAAGAAGUUAAUGAUCUUAAAGUUUCCCGUAAAUGGGAAAUCACUUCCGCUAAAAAGCAUAUUGAGGAAUUGAAAUCUCAACUUCAGUUGUCAAAGGAGGAAUUCAGUGAAAAGGAUAAGAGUUAUGAAACAAAUAUCGAGAUUCAGGAGGAAAAAAUCAAAAAUCUUGAGGCACAAAUUGAAACCAAUUGGAAAGUAACAGAUGAUCUUAAAAUCGAUGCAGAAUUCCAAAAAGCCGAGAGUGAAAAACAAAUCAAUUAUCUUCAGAAUUUAUUAGAUUCCAAUGGUAAAUAUGCUGAGGAUCUUAAACUAGAAUUGAAUCAAGCCUAUCAAAAUCUGGAGCAAUUAAAAUUGAAACACGUCGACGAUAUGAAUAUGCAAAAUAAAAGACUUGAGGAAAUAAUUGAGGAUCUACAAAACAAAGUACAGGAGACGGAGAAUUUAAAAGUUGAAUUAAAAGAAUCACAAAAUUUGGCUAAACAAAAUGUUAGCGAUGAAAUAAAACAGACGCUCGAGACAAAAAUCAUUGAUCUCGAGCAACAACUCAUUGAAUCGGGUGAAAAAUCACAAAAACAAUUGGAGAAAAUGAAAAAAUUGGUGGCAAAUUUAAAAAAAAAAUCAGCACUCUGCGAAGAAUUGGAAUCACGUGUUAAAAAUAUGGAACAAGAAUUAAUUGAUGUGAAAAAUGAAAAGGAAAUUUUAAAUCAAGAAAUUAUGGCAAAAAAUUCUCUUAUUCAUGAAAAGGAUGUUGAUCUAGUGGCGAAAGAAAAAAUUCUACAGGAACAAGCGAAUGAAUUAAUUCGUAAAGAAUCUCAACUCGAAGAGGCGGUAAAUGAAAUUGUCAUUAAAGAUAAUAUUCGCAAAGAAAUGGAGAAUGAAAUUGUAAAUUUGAAAAAUGAGACUUCGACGAAUAUCGAGAGAUUGGUCAUUGAAUUGAAUGAAGCUAGAGAAAGAUUGAAAAUUCUAAUGAGAACAAUCGACGAAAUGGAAGAGGAAUCAUUUGAGAUAAUUUUGGAGAAAUUAAAGAAACAACAAUUAGAACUUGUUGAAGCAAAAGAUAAUGUUAGGGAAUUAAGUGUUCGAAUGCAGGUGAUGGAAACGGAGUACGUUGAACAAUUGUCAAUAAUUCAAACUUUAAGAACUGUUAAUGGAAUGUUGUCUUCCAAGAAUACGCAAAUUAAUGAAAGACUUGAGAACGCUGAAAAAGAAUCAGAGGAAAGGAAAAUUCUUCUAGAGAAUGUGGAAAAAGAAACGGAGGAACGGAAAAUUCUUCUCGAACGUCUUCAACUUGAAUUGGAGAAAAAAGAAUUAGAAGUUGUUGAUUUGAUGGCAAAACGUGAUAAGGAAUCAGUUGGACAUGAUCAAGAUCAAUCGUCAUCGUCGAUUGAUGAUUCAUUUACAAAAUGUGAAAGAUGCGAUCAAUGUCAAACACUGGUACAUACACUUGAGGCAAGAUUACAGGAACGUGAUGCACAGAUUGAAAAUUUGGAUAAUGAACUCGCCAAUUCGGUGGUUAAUUUUGUACAAAUGCAGGAUAAUAUUAGAAUUAAUAAUCUUGGUCAAAAUCGUUCACUUCAGGAGUCGUAUAAUGAUUUAAUGAUGCAGUAUAAUUCACUGAUGGCAACUAAUGAGGAUAUUAAGAUUCAGUUAAAUGCCACUUUGCAGGAGAAUCAGGAGUUGUUGGAAAAAAUUGAGGCAAUUAAGAAUUUGAAUGUUUCAUUGGAGGAAAGAACAAGGGCAGCGGAAAUUGAAUUGGCGAAUGAAAAAGCGAAUCUUCAGACUGAACUCGAUGAUACGAGGAUUCAAUUACAGAAUCUUAGGGAGAAUUUAGAGAAUCCGGAGAAAUUGACAACGAAAAGAGAAGUUGCUCCUUUGUUCGAUGCUUCUAAAGUCUUUGGCACUGAAUCAGCGGGAAAUGAUGAUGAUGAGAGUGAAAUUAUCAGAUUAAGGGAAGCUCUCAUUGAGAAGGAAAAUUUCUGCAGUGAAUUGUCACGGGAGAUUGAGGAACGCUCAUUAAAACUUGAACAAUUGGAAAUACUUCAAAGCGAAGGGAUUAAGGAAUUUGAAAUUGCAAAUAAUCGACUAAAAGAAUUGGAAGGAAUAAGAAUUGAGAAUGAGGAAUUAAUUGCAACGCAAGAAUUGUGUAGAUUCCGGAUUCUUCAGCUUGAAAAUGAAGUAAAAACUUUGGGUGAUAAUAGUCGAGUACAUGAACUUGAGGAACGUGCCAGUAAAAUUCAACGUGAAAACGAACUCUUUCAGUUGCAGGUAAAUGAUCUUAUGCGAGCCCUUGAGAAUACUAAGGAGUCAACAGUUUCCAUUAAAAGUCUACAAGAUGUGCAAACUGAAUUAAAUCUUGCCCAACGUGAAAGAGAUCAAUUACUUAUUCAAGUUGAGAAUUUGACUUUAGCUUUGAAGAAUUUGGAGGAUUCGGAAAAAUUGAUUCCUGAUGAAGUUGAAAAAUCCGUUGAACCUUCUUGGGUAGAGGAAGAAGGUUGGGGUUUCAAUUCGGAAGUUACCAGUGAAAUUCUACCGAUUACAUUACCAAAUGUGGAAAUUCUACAAACAAAAAUUGAUGAACUACAGGAUCAGAUUCAAACGCACGAGGCGGAGAAAGCGAAAAUUUUAGAAGACAACAGCAAUAUUUCGGCAAAAUGCGGGAAAUUGAUUAAAAAAUUAAAAGAAUAUAAAUUCCAGGUUGAUAAUUUGCAACAACAAUUGAAAUCACGUAAAUUAACAAGCGAUAUGUGUGAUUUGGAUUCGAUGUUUAGUGAUGAGAUGAAUUCACAAAUUACCGGUUUGGAGAAAUCUUUAGCCGAUGCUAAAAAUGAAUUAACAGUGACACUGAAGGAGAAGGAGAAUUUAGUGCAACGUUUGGAUGUUUUAAUGGCAGCUAAUGAACGACACGUUGAAAUGAAAGAGAAACAAGAUAUGGAAAUGCAAGUUCUAGAAUUGAGAAAUCGUGAAAUUAGCAAUAAACUCGAGAUAUUGCAAAAAGAUAUACCACAAGAUGACAUGAUUCAACAAUUACAGGAUAAAACAAUGGCAUUGGAUGCCGAGAAUCAGGAGUUGCAGGCAGCUCUAUUUCAACAGAAAACAAAUCGUUUGGCUUUGGAAGCAAAAUUGGAGAAAUUGACCAAAAUUCAAGAAAAUGAUAAUAGUGAAGAAUUGGAAAAAUUAACAGCAAGGAAUGUGGAAUUGGAAAAAAUUGUCGAAACUAACAUGGAGGUAAAGAAAGAUUUGGAUAAAUUGAAAGACGAAUAUAAUGUAUUGAGAAAACAAUAUGAACAGAGUUUGAUGGAUGCGAACGAUCAGGUUCAAGUGAUGAGGCAAAAUUCCGAUCUUCUAAAGGAGGAAGUUUCUAAAAGAAAAGAGGAAUUUGACACCGAAUUGGAGAAUUUACGUAAAGAAUCUGAAGAAUCGCUUCUUAGUGUUAGUAAUGAACUGCAACAAACUCGAACCGAAAAAGAGGAAUUGGAUCAAAUUCUUAAGGAACGUAUCCAGGAAAUUGAAAAUCUACAAAAAGAAUCGCAAAUUUGCAUUGAAAAUCUUCAAGAAGAAGGGAAUUUGCAGCUUUUGAUUCAAAAAUCCACCGAGGAAAUGAGUCUCAAAAAUCAAGAGGUGGAAAAUCUAAAACAAUUACUCCUUCAAAAGGAGGAAGAAAUCGUUCAAAAGGGAUUGGAUCAAGAAUUAAUUUUACAAAAAGAUCAAGAAAUUCUCCUCCUAAAACAAGAGGUAAAAAAUACAAAUGAAGUUCUACAAACUCAAGCAGAGGAAAUUGAGAAAUUAAUCUCUGCUCUUGAUGAGAAAAUCCAAAAGGAAACUGAACUCACUCAAAAGGUAUUGAUCCUUGAAAAUGAUUUACAACAAUAUAUAACGGCUAUACAAUCACAUGAGCAGAAUGUUCAACAUUUACAGAAUAAAAUUAUUCAAGACGAACACGAACUCAAUGAAUUACGAAAAUUAUUAAUGGAAAAAGAUUCCACUAUUCAGGAGAUUCAACAGGAAUUACAGAAAUCACAACAGGAAUUGGAGACAAGUGGUAUUGAGAUUCAGCAACUUAUUGCUAAACUUCAAGUUGAUGAACAAGAACUCGAGAGACUUAACGAUCUAGAGGAGAAUAAAACCGAGAGUUAUAAUAUUUUGCAACUUGAUCUUCAAACUAAAAAGCAAGAAUUAGAGGAAAGGGAAACUAAUUUCCAGGAUCUUCAAACAAAAUUAUCUGCCAAUGAAUUGAUAGUUAAUCAAUUGCAAACGAAAAUUUUCCAACAGGAGGAGGAAUUACAACGAAAAAUAAUUGAAAAAGAUGAAGAAUUUCGGCAAAAAAUUGUGGAAAAUGAAGAACAAUUACGUCAGAAGAUUAUUGAGAAAGAGGAAGAAUUACGUCAAAUGAUUUUUGAAAAAGAAGAAGAGCAUCGACAGAAAAUAUUCGAGAAAGAUGAGGAACUGCGACAGAAAAUUGCGGAAAAAUCUGAUUUAACAGAGAAGGGACGUAAGGAUUCGGAGAAUUUACGAAAAACAGCUGAUGAUGUUCCCAUUUUCCGUAUGGGUGAUGAUGAUGAUGAUAAUGUUGAUGAAAUUGUUCAAUUACGUGCUCAAUUGAGUCAAAAACAAUUGCAAGUCGAUCAUUUGGAAGCGUCGUUGAAUUUAAAUACUUAUACACAAAUAAUUCAGGAACUACAAGAUACGGUGAAUCAAUUGUACAAUGAGAAGGCGCAUUUUGAAAUGACAUUGGCGUCAUUUUCGCAAAAUUUGAAGGAACAAGUUAGUGAAAAAGAGCAGGAGAUUAAAGCAUUGAGACAGGAACUUGAGGUACAACGGCAGGAAGUGAAGAUUCAACAGGAGGUAUCGCCGAGGAUGAGUAGAAGGAAACGUUCAUUGGACGAGGAGGAGAAUCAAAGAUUACGUGAUGCUUUACGAGCAUGGGAACAGGAAGUACAGGAUUUAAGGCAAAUUUUAGCUGAAAAGGACGCUCAACUUAUGGAGGAUUCAUCGGGUGUUGAUAAAAUGAUGAUCGAGAGGCUGAUGAACGAAAAGGAGCAAAUAAGAGUCGAGGGUCAGGAAAAUUUGGAACGAAUGCUAAUGGAGAAGGAGACACAAAUUGAGGAGGUGAGAUCAAGACUCCAAGCCGAGAAUGAGGGUCUUUUGAAUGAUUUGAAAUUAAGAGAAAGAGAAAUUGAGAAUUUACGACAUCAAAUCGAGGAAAUUGAUUCAACACACGAUGAGCAAUUGCAGAAGAAAAUUGCCGAAAUCGCCUACGCUGGUAAUGAUCUUGCCGAAAGAGAUCGUAGACUAAUUGAAUUGAGUGUGACAAAAGAUGCUGAGAUACAAAAUUUAAAAUUACAAAUUCAUGACAAAGAAUUGAGAAUAGAGGAAUUACAAGCGCUAUCCGAUGAGGAGGAACGACAAUUAAUAGAUUUGAAAAUGAUACUUGAGACGCGUGAUCAUGAGAUAAAUGAAUUGAAACAACAAAUUGAGGAGAAAUUAAAAGAAUUGGAAUUAAUUCAACAUGCAUUGAGGAGGCAUGUGACAAAAACGGAUGAUUCUAAUUCACCGAGUGAUGAUAAUUUGGAUUCAUCGGCAAAUGAAUUGGAUUUGGCGCUCUAUAUGCUUCAUCAGAGAGAUGUGAGAUGUGAGGAAUUAACAUUGGAACUGAUGCAAUUGUUAGAGGAAAGGGAUACAUUGCAAUUGAGAUUGUCAAAUGCAAUUAGAAUUAAUGAGGAGAUGAGAAGAUCGGGAAGUCCCACUAAGAGUUUGUCAAUGAGUUCAGGAAGUUUACCGCUAGUGGAGGAUCCGUCGCCUUCGAGAUCCGAAGGACCUGUGGAAAUUGCCAAAGACGCGCUUGAUUCCUCCAUUGGUGAUAAUAAGGAAGCUCUUGCUCAGAAACUUUCUCAAUUGCACACGGUGGGUCAUUCAAAGGACGUGAGAUUGAGAGAUGAUCGAGAGCUGAGGCACACACAGCAAAUGUCCCUGCUUGCCCAUAAAGAUGUUUUAAGUACUUUGCCGCCUGAAGCUGCAGCCAAACUUAUCAAUGCCAAUUAUACCAUUUCCAAAGACGUUCCGAGUCAAUCGAGCGUUUUAAUGAACUGGCUUUGGGGCAAAAGCACACCGAAGGUGAUGCACAUGUGAUGAAAGAAGACAAAUGAAGCUAAAGUCAUUCUCGCUUCGUCCUGGAAAUACAUUCCUUGUAGGAAGCAACUGCCAAUAAUAAAAAACUAAAAAAAAAACCUGAUGAAAAUCAGAUGAGUCUUAAAAAAAAAGUGAGAGACAAAAAAAAACAUGCAAAUAAAAAAAAAUGAUCUAGAUAAGAAUUUUAAAUGAAAGAGACUUUUAGGUGCAAACUAUUGUAAUAUAUUUUAGCAACAAAUGAAAUAAUUCUAUAUAUAUAUAUAUAAAAAAAAAAAUAUUGUAUAAUAAGUGAAGUAUUUAUGUGAGUUGCCUUGAUGAUAAAUUGUACAUUUCGGUUAUUUUUUUGAUAUCAUUUUUUUUUUUUUUUUCUCUGCCAUAACCUUUUAAAAUCGUUUUCUCAUGCAGUGCAUUGUUCAAUAAAAAAAUAAUAAACCAACGUUAAAUCACGUUCAAUAAUGUGAAUAUAUUUAAAAAAUAGAAAUGAAAAAGAAAAAUUAUUUUUUUUUCUUUCAUAAGAUCGUGAUUUUUCAUUGAAUGAUAAUAAAUAAGUAAAUUAUAUUUUUAGAUAUUGUAUACAUGUAAAAUUUACUUAAACAUGUGACAGUCAUCGUGUUUAUCAGUCAUGCAAAAUUUUGUACAGAAUAAGAGUUCCCAAAAUGGUUGAUUAUUAUUAUUAUUAUUAUUAAUAAAGAGCCAUAUAGGCAUUUAUUGUAAUA